AUGCUGUGUAUCCUCUAUCCUACCUCCCCUAUCGACAUCAACAAACUUUUACAACCAACUAGCCAUAGCAAUAUUUCAUCGACACAGGGAAGAGUGACACGCUCCACUCGUGGCAAUAUCGAGGCACCUGCCACCAACACUUUACCAGCUGCUAAACGGUCGCGUCGGACUGCUACUCAACACCCAGCCCUUGGAAUCGACGACCGUCAAUUGGAUGCAGCAAAUGAACAAGAACUAGAACUCGCCAAUCUUACUUUACAGAACUAUCAUGAACAUAAGAAGAGUUGGCCUCUUGCUCGCAUUCAGGCCCAACUUGCCCGACAAGCUUCAUCUGACCACCAGCUCGGUGCUGUCGUCAUCGCCGAAGGUCAGGCUCUUCUCGAAGCACUGGACCACACUGUUCACAUGUUGGCUAUGGCGGCUGGUGUCAGCCUUCCCAAACUCAAGCGAGCGCUGGGCAUGGUUGGGGGAACACACGGUGAAAACCCAUGGCACCGGUGGCUUAGCUUUGCCUUGGAUGCUAACAAAGCUCCAAUGCCUAUGCAAGGAGCCAAAGAUUCUAGCGAGCAGCUCACCCGUUGCAAUAAAGCCAACUCUAGAACAUAUCAAGCCCUUGAUGACGAUGAAUAUAUGGUUUUCACCGCCAAGAUCUUCUAUGCACUUGGUGGCUAUCCUGAUUACUCGUAUAUCACCGUUACUGAAGACCUGAAUGUAUUUGGCGAUGCCUCAAUUCUAAUCCCAGAGGUUCCUAAGCUUAGCAUCAAAGAUGAGAAUUGA